CAGCAGGAGCCCAGCCGCAUACGGGCUUUUUUAGAAUUGGUUUGCCCUUCGUAGAAUCAGUAUAUAAAUCUUCUCACAGAAUUUCUCCGCCUUCUCUGCCGCAGCAUCUGAGGUUUUCUGCCGCCGUUUCUCUGAGUCUCCUUCUCCAGAGAGCAAUGAAGACCAUUCUUUCAUCCGAGACUAUGGAUAUCCCAGAUGGGGUCAAAAUCAAGGUAAAUGCCAAGAUCAUCGAGGUUGAAGGUCCUCGCGGUAAGCUCGUUCGAAAUUUUAAGCACCUUAAUCUCGACUUUCAACUCAUUACUGACGAGUCCACCGGCAAGAAGAAGCUCCGGAUCGAAGCAUGGUUUGGGUCCAGGAAGACAUCCGCCGCUAUUCGUACCGCUCUCAGCCAUGUUGAGAAUCUCAUUACUGGUGUGACCAAGGGUUACCGUUACAAGAUGCGUUUCGUGUAUGCUCACUUUCCCAUCAAUGCUAGCAUCACAAACGCCAACAGGUCCAUUGAGAUCCGUAACUUCCUUGGAGAAAAAAAGGUGAGAAAGGUGGAUAUGCUUGAUGGAGUUUCCAUCACCCGAUCUGAGAAAGUGAAGGAUGAGUUGGUUUUGGAUGGAAAUGAUAUUGAACUUGUUUCACGGUCUUGUGCCCUCAUAAACCAGAAAUGUCAUGUCAAGAACAAGGAUAUACGGAAGUUCCUUGAUGGUAUCUAUGUGAGUGAGAAGGGGGCCAUUGUUGGAGACGAGUAGUCAAUGGAAUAGUAGGUUAUAUUGCUCUUAGUUUCAUGAGUAGUUUAUUUUCUUUAGAUUUUUUUUCCUUUCUGCUUAGUUUUGUGAUGUUUCAUGGCAAAGUUUAAAACUGUAUUGCAAUUUUGUUUUAUGGAUGUUAUCUAUUUUGAGGCACAAGACCGGUGUUCAGAAACCCUUCUACAAUCGUUUAUAUUACACUAGUUCUGCCUACUUUUUGAAUCUAA